CUGGGUCCCUGGGACCCCGGAGGGGACGCACGAGCCGGCGGACUUGGGAGCGCCCCAGCCGGGCUGCCCUGACUGCGGUCAUGCAGGGUCUUUGAGGCACGAGACGCCUCGACUCCACUCUACUACUUAGAGGAAAUUAAAGCUGAUCUCCCUGGUCUCUGAGUUGUUCUUAUGUUGUAUAAAAAUGAGGACAAUUACUGUUUCCAGCUGAAGAAGGAGCGGCGCUCGAGAAGUUAUUAUUUUUAGAAGGUCUUUACUGGGAGGAAUUUACCUUCAUCGGGACUAAAUAUUAAAUACGGAGUCCACUCCCACUCGGUUCUGAGACCUCAAACCCAUCCAAUGGCCACACCAGCAAGACUACCUCGAAGGCGCGUACCCUCGGCCACAGCCUUGGCCACAGCCUUCUCCCCACCUCAACCCUCCAGGGUUUCGGCCCGUGGCAGCGCUUUGUGGACGUGGUUCCCAGCGCCCCUGCUAUGCUCUGGGGUGGGCCCCCGGCCUGGAUGCGGGACGGAGGUCGGGUCGCAACAGGGCCCUGCGGGGAGGCUGCUCUGGCCCGCGUGGGACCUUCUUCCUGUGCGCGGGAGGCCCAAGGCCAGCUUCAUUCCCUUCCAAGCUUUUCCCCGCUCCGUGCUUCCUCUUCUCGCCUCUCGCUCCACCUUCUCUCCCCCAAAUUUCUUCUUCAACUUUGGGUGAACUUGGCCGGCCGCCCGCGUCUGCGAUAGGGUUGCCUAGCAACUGCGGCGCACACCAGCCCGCACUGGGCUGGAAGUUGGAGCGGGGGCCGGGGAGCAGCAGCGCGCGGCCUGUGCGGCCCGGGAUUGGGCGCACAUGACCUCAUAGCCCCCUCCUCCCGGGUGCUCGGGGAUCCUGACACCGGCUGCCCCCAAACCCAUCCCCAUCCUCCCGCCCCUCCGCGCGGGGACCCGGGGCUGACGUCAAGGGAAGGAGGUAGUGAGGUCAUGAAGGAAGGAAAAGCGCCUGCCCUGGGAGAUUGGGUGGGGGAGUGGCCGCGCCUGGGGGACUGUCCAGUCCCGCAGGUGGAGGAGGGGCGGGAGUCCUGGAUCCGGAGCGAGGCGCAGCCCCAGGCCCUUGCUGCCCUUACGAGAGUGAGCCCAGGGCUGGCCUGGCUCUCGCAUGUAAGGUUCUCCUUCCCGGGAGUUUCUAGAGAGGUGCAGGGACGCGCCCCUUCUAUUUCUAACGCCUGAGGCGCGCGGACUGGGGAAACCUUUUUUUUUUUUCUUUUUUUUCCCCAGAACAUCCGGUUUAUCUAUUCGAAACUUGGAUUCCUCAUCACACUUUUUUUUGGGCAGGUGGAGGCAGGCGGUGGGCAAGAACACCAAUGUUCGCACCUCCCCAUCCUUCUUUUUCUGCGUCCCUAGCUAGAAAUCAUUCCUGUUCUGCACCACAGGCGCGGCAUGCUGCCCCAAGCCUGCCACCUCAGCGCCUCCCUUGGUGACAAUUUAUACCAAAUGACCUCCCAGCUUGAAUGCAUGACCUGGAAUCAGAUGAACUUAGGAGCCACCUUAAAGGGAGUUGCUGCUGGGAGCUCCAGCUCAGUGAAAUGGACAGAAGGGCAGAGCAACCACGGCACAGGGUACGAGAGCGAUAACCACACAACGCCCAUCCUCUGCGGUGCCCAGUACAGAAUACACACGCACGGUGUCUUCAGAGGCAUUCAGGAUGUGCGGCGUGUGCCUGGAGUAGCCCCGACUCUUGUGCGGUCGGCAUCUGAGACCAGUGAGAAACGCCCCUUCAUGUGUGCUUACCCAGGCUGCAAUAAGAGAUAUUUUAAGCUGUCUCACUUACAGAUGCACAGCAGGAAGCACACUGGUGAGAAACCAUACCAGUGUGACUUCAAGGACUGUGAGCGAAGGUUUUCUCGUUCAGACCAGCUCAAAAGACACCAAAGGAGACAUACAGGUGUGAAACCAUUCCAGUGUAAAACUUGUCAGCGAAAGUUCUCCCGGUCCGACCACCUGAAGACCCACACCAGGACUCAUACAGGUAAAACAAGUGAAAAGCCCUUCAGCUGUCGGUGGCCAAGUUGUCAGAAAAAGUUUGCCCGGUCAGAUGAAUUAGUCCGCCAUCACAACAUGCAUCAGAGAAACAUGACCAAACUCCAGCUGGCGCUUUGAGGGGUCUCCCUCGGGGACCGUUCAGUGUCCCAGGCAGCACAGUGUGUGAACUGCUUUCAAGUCUGACUCUCCACUCCUCCUCACUAAGAAGGAAACUUCAGUUGAUCUUCUUCAUCCAACUUCCAAGACAAGAUACCGGUGCUUCUGGAAACCACCAGGUGUGCCUGGAAGAGUUGGUCUCUGCCCUGCCUACUUUUAGUUGACUCACAGGCCCUGGAGAAGCGGCUAACAAUGUCUGGUUAGUUAAAAGCCCCUUGCCAUUUGGUCUGGAUUUUCUACUGUAAGAAGAGCCAUAGCUGAUCAUGUCCCCCUGACCCUUCCCUUCUUUUUUUAUGCUCGUUUUCGCUGGGGAUGGAAUUAUUGUACCAUUUUCUAUCAUGGAAUAUUUAUAGGCCAGGGCAUGUGUAUGUGUCUGCUAAUGUAAACUUUGUCAUGGUUUCCAUUUACUAACAGCAACAGCAAGAAAUAAAUCAGAGAGCAAGGCAUCGGGGGUGAGUCUUGUCUAACAUUCCUGAGGUCAGCCAGGCUGCUAACCUGGAAAGCAGGAUGUAGUUCUGCCAGGCAACUUUUAAAGCGCAUGCAUUUCAAGCAGCUGAAGAAAGAAUCAGAACUAACCAGUACCUCUGUAUAGAAAUCUAAAAGAAUUUUACCUUUCAGUUAAUUCAAUGUGAACAUUGGCUCACUGCUCUUAAGAAACUAUGAAGAUCUGAGAUUUUUUUGUGUAUGUUUUUGACUCUUUUGAGUGGUAAUCAUAUGUGUCUUUAUAGAUGUACAUACCUCCUCGCACAAAUGGAGGGGAAUUCAUUUUCAUCAUUGGGGGUGUCCUUAGUGUAUAAAAACCAUGCUGGUUAUGUGGCUUCAAGUUGUAAAAAUGAAAGUGACUUUAAAAGAAAAUAGGGGAUGGUCCAGGAUCUCCACUGAUAAGACUGUUUUUAAGUUACUUAAGUAACUUUGGGUCUACAAGUAUAUGUGAAAAAAAUAAGACUUACUGGGUGACGAAAUCCAUUGUUUAAAGGUGGUUGUGUGUGUGUGUGUGUGCAUGUGUGUGUGUGUGCUGUGUUGUGUUUUGUUUUUUAAGGGAGGGAAUUUAUUAUUUACUGUUGCUUGAAAUUACUGUGUAAAUAUAUGUCUGAUAAUGAUUUGCUCUUUGACAACUAAAAUUAGGACUGUAUAAGUACUAGAUGCAUCACUGGGUGUUGAUCUUACAAGAUAUUGAUGAUAACACUUAAAAUUGUAACCUGCAUUUUUCACUUUGCUCUCAAUUAAAGUCUAUUCAAAAGGAAAGUGGCAAGAUUCCAUCAGCUGUAUUGUGUUCAAAUCUCAAGGCCACUGAGCCUCUUUUAAACAGGUAAGAGAAGACGCCACCGACAUCAAUGGCUACUAGUGAGCCUAUCCAGGUCCUGACCACAAUUUAUUUCUCGCUGUCAAACUUCAGGAGGGACUUAUAUGUCCUAGAAGCAACAGAGAGUAUCUUCACCUUGCGUUACAGAGUGAUUGUGCUCGUGCUAUGGUUGGAUGGGGUUUGUGGAUGAUGUGGUGACUAUGUUUUAAGGUUUUAAGGUUUAUUUUAAGCAGAUUAUCAUUGCAUCCCAUCAUUCCAGAUCAGCAAAAGAAAAUAGAGAGAUGUUAAUGAUAACUAGCCCUUUUGAAAAGUUCACAGAUACAUCACUGGGAGGGCAUAGGCUAAACACCUAGUACAAUUGAAUUUACAACUGUACUUGCUAUAAAUCAGCUCAGCAGAUUGAAAACUGCUUAGCCUUUCCAGGGCAACUGAGUGUGAAAGCAAAGAUCUAUAUUAUCUAUAAACUAUAAACUCUCUUUC